AUGUCCGCUCACUGUCAUACGCCCUGUAGUAUCGAGUUCCAUCUCAGUAAUGCAAGGUCAGUUCUUGAUCAUACAAGCUCGAUUUUCGAGACUGAGGCCGUCCCUGUAAUAAUCCUGAUGCAGUGCGGACAGCAGAUAUUUGGUAAUUUUUACGUAAUCAUUCUGUUCGUUCAGGUUAUCGUUCGACGAGGCGAGUUCUUCGAAGCCGAGGAGAAAUACGAUAAAAAUGAUGAAGAUGUUAUCCACUUUGAUUUGAUCUCUGAUAUCCGACGAGGCGUAGACGAUAAGGGGGAGUUUUACUCGUUGACGAUUCAUCGUUACUUUUGCGGCAAAAUCCCUGACACACCACCAGAGUGGUACCUGAAGAAGAAUUGGCCAUAUUGGCCAGAAUAG